UGGAUAUGGCAUUCAUACUUUGGUAUGCCAGGGUCCAAUAAUGAUAUUAAUGUCUUGGAAAGAUCACAUCUUUUCAGUGAUCUUGCUAGAGGUAUCACUCCACCUGCAAAUUAUGUAAUACAGGGAAAAGAGUAUAGUGUGGGUUAUUAUUUAGCUGACGGAAUAUAUCCGAAAUGGUCCACACUUGUGCAAACUAUACAUGAACCACGUACUGCAAAGAAAAAACAUUUUGCUACGAGACAAGAGUCGUGUAGAAAAGAUGUGGAACGUGCAUUUGGAGUUCUUCAAAGUCGAUUUGCAAUUGUUGCAAAUCCGGCCCGUUUUUGGCAAAAGAAACAUUUAGAGCUUAUCAUGAAAUCCUGCAUUAUCAUGCACAAUAUGAUAAUUGAGGAUGAAAGAGACUUGUCUGCACCAAUUCAAGAGAUGAGAGAAGUCCCAACUCCAGAUGUCGAAACGGUGCCAAAUGAAGCACGUCAGUUUCAAGAAUUUCUUGCACGCUAUCGAAGCAUCAAAGAUAAAUCAGCUCAUCUUGCACUUCGUGAUGCAUUGGUCGAUCAUUUGUGGGAAGAAUAUUCUAAUUUUGAACACUAAUUCCCAUUGUUAAGUAAUUUAAAUUUUUGCAAGUAUUUUGUAAUAUUAGUGUGCUAUUGUCAUGAAAUUUAUGCUUUUUUCAAUUAUUAUGUAAUGUUAUUUUAUA